AUGAAGGCCGGGUCGUCGUCCAGGAGGAGAUUCCUCAACCUCAGGGCUUUCCUCCAUGCGUGGAAGAAGCUGCACCUAGUAGGCGCCGCCCAGGCAGCGGGGGCCGGCGAGUGGGCUCACCUUGACGGCGGCGUCGGCGGCGGCGAGGCCAUCCCGAGGGACGUGCCGAGGGGCCACACCGUGGUGUACGUCGGGGAGGAGCUCCGGCGAUACGUCGUCAGGGUGUCCUCCCUGGACCACCCGCUGUUCCGCGAGCUGCUGGACCGGGCGCGGGACGAGUACGGCUUCGCCGCCGCGGACACCAGGCUCUGCAUCCCCUGCGACGAGGACGCCUUCCUCGGCGUCCUCUGCCACGUCGAUGCCGAGCGGGAGUCGAGGCUGGCAUUGUGCAGCUGA